ACCUCCACUUUGCUUCUGUGUCAGAUUUUCAAAUUGUGCCCAAUCCCGCUCACUCUUCCACUCUCUCUCUCUGUAAAGCUCAGAGCUUUCUCUCUCCACCUCUCCUUGGAGGCCUUUGGAGCUUUUAGGGGGGAGAGAGAUUCAUUCCUUCAGGUCAAUCUUCAGCCCAACAAUGCAAUGUGUGUGUCUAUACAUGUCAAAAUCUAUAUCACAUUGAUUGGUUCCAUUUGAUGUGCUGAGCUGUUUCUCUCUAAACUCUGCUAACAUGAAGAGAGAAAAUAUGGUCACCGCAAAUGUUAGGGAGCUUCCUGGUAGAAUAACACGUGCUCGAGCUGCUGCACUUCAUACAUCUGGACAUAUUCCCCCACCAAAACCACCCACACAACAGAAUCAGAAGCAGGCUUUGCGAACAAAUUCAAAGAGAGCUUCCACGGAUGAGAACAAUACAAAAGCUACUGGUAAUGCAUGUAUCCAACGCAAGAGGAGGGCAGUACUUCAAGAUGUGACCAACGCUCUCUGUAAACCUUCAUAUGGAAACUGCAUCAAUGCAACUAAAAUUCAGGCUAAAAACAGUAAGCCAGCUAAAAAGGGUCAGGCAAAGCUGACGGAAAUGGCCCCUUCUGUUGCUGUAGAUUCAAAAACCAAUGUUGUGCAGGGAACAGUAAAACCAGAAAUUAAAUCAGACGAAUUUUGCCGCUCAAUCAAUGUGGAAGAUGGCAACAUACUUAUGCGGUCAACUAAGGAUGUGAAAGAUGUUCGUCCGUUGGAAAAUCGUAGUUCUGGAGUGAAUCCAAAGUUCCAAAGCCCUGCGUAUAAAGCAGACAAUGGUAGUCUUUCAGCGGACACGGUUACAUCAGGCAACCAGCAUAUUGUUAACAUUGAUGCAGAUUACAAGGACCCUCUAUUGUGUAGCCUCUAUGCCCCUGACAUCUAUAACCAUUUAUCUGUUGCAGAGCUUGAAAGAAGGCCAUAUGCUGGUUUUAUGGAAACAAUACAGCAAGAUAUCACCAAAACUAUGAGGGGGAUUUUAAUCGAUUGGCUUGUAGAGGUGUCAGAGGAAUAUAAGGUGGUGCCAGAUACGCUUUACCUCACAGUUUAUCUCAUCGAUUGGUUUCUCUGUCACAAUUAUAUUGAAAGGAAUAGACUUCAAUUGCUUGGCAUCACUUGCUUGCUGAUCGCCUCGAAAUAUGAAGAAAUUUGUGCACCACGUGUUGAAGAACUUUGUUUCAUGACAGACAACACUUACUCGAGAGAGGAGGUGCUGAAAAUGGAGAGUCAAGUACUGAAGUAUUUUGGUUUUCAACUAUUUGCACCAACUACAAAAACGUUCCUCAGGAGAUUUCUUCGAGCAGCUCAAGCUUCUUAUAAGAGUCCUAGCCUUGAACUGGAGUACUUGGCCAAUUAUCUUGCUGAACUAACUUUGGUUGACUAUAGCUUCUUGAAUUUCCUUCCGUCUGUCAUUGCUGCAUCAGCUGUUUUUCUUUCCAAAUGGACCUUGGAUCAGUCCAGCCACCCAUGGAAUCCAAUACUCGAAUACUAUACUCGUUACAAGCCAUUGGAUUUGAAGGUCACAGUUCUUGCUUUGCAAGAAUUACAGUUGAACACUAGUGGUUGUCCUCUGAAUGCCGUGCGCAUGAAGUAUAGACACCAAAAGUACAAAUCUGUGGCGGGUUUGUCAUCCCCGAAACUCCUUGAAACGCUAUUUUGAAGAUGAUUUUAAGGGAGAGCUAACAGAGACUGUGACAUGUACACUUUCCGGACAGAAGUUUCCUUGGUUUUUUUUUUUUCAAUCACACUCCAAGAGGUUGUGCUAGACCACCUUCAUUUUAUCCAAUUUCUUAAUUCAUGUUCAUAGAUUUUCCGACCUGGGUCUGUGCUAUAAGUGAACUAAGGUUGUCUGGCCACUUAAGUAUGAAACUUGGUUACAUGAAUUGUUAAUAGUCGUCGUCAUUAUGUUGAGUUCAGUUUAAUCCAGCGCGUAAUCAGGUUGUCCUCGGUUUAAUUAAGUUGUAAAGUUUUUCAGGACCCUAAUUAAUUAGUGAGAUGUAACUUAUGCAGCCAAAGCUUUUAAUCUAAUGAACCAUAUUUUUGUUUGAA